GGUCUUCUCUUUUUCCGAUCUUAGUGUACAAAAACCCAAACCCCUUCUCCACCCUCGCUUUCUCUCUGUCCCUCUCUGAGAUCUCGAUCCCGCAAAUGGCCACCACCAACGCCAUCUCCACCGCCUCCAUCUUCCGACAUACCCACCGUCAGGAAGGAUUGAGGAGGAAGGGGUGGGUGGGGCAGGUGCCGUUGCGUUUGGUUCGCGGCAAUGGAUGGCAGAGGAUGGUGGUGCGUGCGGCGGCGAAAGACAUUGCAUUUGAUCAGAACUCGAGGCGUUCUCUGCAGGCGGGUGUGGAGAAGCUUGCUGAUGCCGUUGGGGUCACUCUCGGGCCUAGAGGGAGAAAUGUGGUUUUGGAUGAAUUUGGAAGCCCAAAAGUGGUCAAUGAUGGAGUUACGAUUGCCCGUGCUAUUGAGCUUGCACAUCCGAUGGAGAAUGCUGGGGCAGCCUUGAUCCGAGAGGUUGCCAGCAAGACCAAUGACUCAGCUGGUGAUGGGACCACAACCGCGUCAGUUCUUGCACGCGAAAUCAUCAAGCUCGGCUUACUGAGUGUUGCAUCUGGUGCAAACCCUGUAUCCUUAAAGAAGGGAAUUGACAAGACUGUACAGGGCCUGGUGGAAGAGCUUGAAAUAAGGGCUCGACCUGUCAAAGGGCGUGGUGAUAUUAAAGCCGUUGCUUCUGUUUCGGCUGGCAAUGAUGAGUUUAUUGGAAAUAUGAUAGCUGAUGCCAUAGAUAAAGUUGGUCCUGAUGGUGUUCUGUCUAUUGAGUCUUCUUCCUCAUUUGAGACUAGUGUAGAUGUUGAAGAAGGGAUGGAGAUUGACAAAGGAUAUAUCUCUCCACAAUUCGCCAACAAUACUGAGAAAAUGCUUGUUGAAUUUGAAAAUGCCAGAGUCCUAGUGACUGAUCAGAAAAUUUCUUCGGUAAAGGAAAUCAUUCCUCUGUUGGAAAAGGCCGCACAACUUAGAUCUCCUUUGCUUAUCAUUGCUGAGGAUGUUGCCGGUGAGGCUUUGGCAACCCUUGUUGUGAAUAAGCUCCGUGGUAUCCUUAAUGUUUGUGCUAUCAAAGCUCCAGGCUUUGGUGACAGACGGAAGGCCCUUCUUCAAGAUAUUGCAAUUAUGACAGGAGCUGAGUUCCAAGCGAAGGAUCUUGGUUUAUUGAUUGAGAAUGUGUCAGAUGAACAGCUUGGCACAGCUAGGAAGGUCACCAUAUCUCAGAACUCUACAACCAUUAUCGCUGAUGAGGCUACCAAAGAUGCAAUCCAGGCCAGAAUCACGCAGAUUAAGAAGGAACUUGCUGAAACAGACUCUGUGUACGACUCUGAGAAGCUAGCAGAGAGGAUUGCCAAACUCUCUGGUGGUGUGGCAGUCAUCAAAGUUGGUGCAGCAACAGAGACAGAACUCGAAGAUCGGAAGCUCCGAGUUGAGGAUGCAAAGAAUGCAACCUUCGCUGCCAUUGAGGAAGGCAUUGUUCCCGGUGGCGGUGCAGCAUAUGUUCACCUCUCAACUUGUGUUCCUUCUAUUAAAGCCACACUCGAAGAUGAUGACGAACGUCUAGGCGCUGACAUUAUUCAAAAAGCACUUGUUGCACCAGCAGCCUUGAUUGCACGCAAUGCCGGUGUGGAAGGAGAAGUUGUUGUCGAGAAGAUCAAGGAGAACCAGUGGGAGGUUGGUUACAAUGCAAUGACCGAUAAAUAUGAAAACCUCGUUGAAUCUGGUGUGAUCGAUCCUGCCAAGGUUGCCCGAUGCGCAUUGCAGAACUCGGCCUCUGUUGCAGGAAUGGUCCUGACAACACAAGCAAUUGUUGUCGAGAAGCCGAAGCGGAAAGCUCCUGUGGCUGCUCCUCCCCAAGGUCUUACUGUUUAAUUAUUCACAGCAGCAACCAUUACUUCAUCUUUUUAAGAUUUUGAAUUAUGAAUUCAAAGAUGAUGGUUUGGUUGAGAUUGUGGGAAAUUUUCUUCAUGUUGUAGUGUUGUAAUGCUCUGUUUAUGUAGACAAUGCUACCUUUAUAAAUUAUGCUGAAUAACUUUGUUAUAACUUUUA